AUGGCAAGCAAUUGGUAUAUUUACUUUCUUGCAGCACUGCAUAUCUUUACUGCAGUGCUCGCUCAACCCAUCACAAGCCGCGCAGACGACUAUCACAUCGCCGUCGUCGACCAGAACUCCCGAACCGUCCGCGUCUUUCCCCGCAACGCCAAAAGAUGGAACGACGACGCCAUCUUCUGGAGUUUCACCCCCGGCAUAUUCAACAGCAAGUGGAACAAUCUCUCCGGCGUCAAGAUCCGCAAAGUCGCCAAACACGGCUGGAUCGCCCUCGUCACUGCCUCCGGCGGCAAGGCCGGAAUCCUCAACAUCACCAAGGAAAAGCGAAAAGUAAACUUGUUCGAUCUCAUGUGGCAGGCCACCCCGGGAGAUAACCCGCAUGCCAUCGAAAUCGUACCUCGGAACGGAGCAAUAGUGGUCGCGAGUUCUAACCCGGGGAAACUCAGUCUAUACGUUCCCACGUCCAAAGAUAUCGACGAUUACAGCAAGAUCAAGCACGCAGAGGACUACCCGCUCAAAGGCGCACAUGGCGUCCUGUGGGACCCUAAUGGCGGGAAAUCCGUCGCCGACGGUUUCCUUUGGGUGGUGGGAGACGACUUCCUAUACAAGUUCAAAGUCACGGGCUCUUUCCAGAACACUCGCCUGAAGCAGGUCGGCAGGUACAACUUACCCAAGGGCGGCUUGGGGCAUGAUCUGCAGCCGGACUAUACGAAUAAACAGAUGCUAUUGAUGACAGAUUCUUAUGCUGCGUACUCAUUCAAUACCAAAUCAGGAAAGUUCAAGGUGCUCAAGACGAUGAUGAAACUGAAGAGUCUCGUGAGACACCCCAACGGCGAGUACAUGUGGGUUACGGGUGAUAAGCAUGAACUAGGGCAAUAUGUCAGAUGGGGAGCGAAGGUUGGAAGCCAGACAGAUGCUAGAGGUUGGAGCGACGCAAAGUUUUACAAAGCGAGAAUCUACAACCCGAAUUACGAAUAG